AUGUGUCUUCAAGACAGUGCCCUCCCACUAUGGCACAUUUUCUGCGCCUUACUCUGCACAUCCAUCAGUGUGCUUUUCCAACCAGCAGGCCAUGUCUCAAUCGUCGAUGACUUGAAAGUCAACGCCGCAUUUCUAUCACCCAUCACAGGGGCGCUCUGGACUCUCCGCACUGUAUUCGGGGUUCUCGGGUGCAGGGUAUCCAACGUGGCAGACCUCCCGGCAGCUCUAUGGAUCGCAUCGGAGAAGGAGUUCCAGGGUCAUGGUGGGCCCUACGUGAUGAGUGCACUCGGCAGAGGACCACGGAAUAUCUACAUUACUGCCCGAUGGGGGUUUUUCGUCCUCGUCACCAUCCCGCUUUACUUCCGUCUGGUCUACUCCGUCCAGAUCUGGUGGGCGACAACAUGGGCAACCUGCCUGAUAACCAAAUUCCUCUUACUGGAACUCCUGACGGGAUACUACAACCCACCGCGGACAAGGAUAGUCGUACACACGACCUGGCCUGAAGUCCCGCUCAUCACUCUGUCCAGCACAUCCAACCCGAACCCCGUCCACGGGAAGGAGGUCAUCGCAGAACAAGGCAUCGACCCCAACGACGCAAAGACCCUUCUCCCCCUCUGCACCCGCAUUGAGAGAUUCUGCUCCAUCGUAACUGAAAGCCCCGACGACGUAGAACGAAGCCGCAUGACCCCAGCUAAAGACUUCUACCUCCGCAAAGCCAUAAACCACGAAUCGCUCGACCCCAGACUCUGCUGCGCACAUAUGCGGUGUCGUCUGUUUAAACUGUUUCAUGUCCUACGCCACGCAAUGCCGUAUGUAUCAUUAACCCUCGAGGCUCUGGCGGUGCUUUACCUGGGCCACCAGAACCUACGCACAAUCACCAUCCUUGUCACAGGGUGGAUCAUGAGACCCCGCUGGGUGAUGUUCGUCGUAUCCCUGGGUACGAGGAUUACCGUGGUGCUUCUCCUGCCGGUCUUUCUGGGGUCGGUGGUGAUGGCCGUUCUGCGUGCGCGCCGCCCGGCUACGGGGGUGACGUUUACUCGCCGCGUUUUGGAGGUUAUGUGUUUGGGUGUGCUGUCGGUUGUCUGUGCGGUGUAUUUCUUGGCGUUUGGGUAUCCGCCUGUUUCUCCGUUUGCUUUUGCGUGGGUGGGGGAGGUGAUCUCUCUUCCGUUGAUACUGGUAGUUGGGUUUAAGUUGGCCAGAUGGCUUGUGCGAGGGCCGCGGCGGGGGGUCGAUGCUUGGUCGACUGGGGAGGAAUGGAGGACGAUCGGCGACGAGAAGAAAGUUGCAGAUGACCCGCCGCUGUUGGAGCAUCUGUUUGUGUUUGCUUGGACGGUGGUGUUUCUGAUUCCUGCGGUUGUUGGGUGGGUUGUGAUGAAGACGGUGUUUUGUGCUGCGAUUGCCUUACAGGAAGUGGAUAUUCAGAGGAGGUUUGAAGAGUAUUAUCAGCAUCCAGGAUUUUAG